AUGAAGGGCCGGUUCCUCGUCAACCCCUUUGAAGAACUCAACCUCACUCGAGCCGAUCGCACUUCCCUCCAAGAGCUCGCCAACCAGCGCAUCCUAACCAACCUCCAACACUGCAUGAAGUACAUGUCCGGCUCAACGCGUUCAGUCGACCCGAGUCGCUGGAAGCCGUUGAAGGAGAGGGAGCGACUCCGAGUGUUCACUGAGCGUUCGCAUGCUCCUGUUACGGGCGAUGAACCGACGGGGUCGGGGCUACCGACGAUCCUCUGUGUCGGUACUAUGGAGGGGAAACUCGACGACCUCCUGUUCGGUGUCAUCAGCGAAGACCUCGAGACGAUGCGCGUCAAGGCCUCGUACGUCGAGGAUUUCAGUGGCGCGGCUGUACUCGACACAAUCAUCACGCCGACUCUGGAAGACCCGUUCCAGUCGCUCGUGAUCAAGUGGAUGGAGCUCGAUAUCCCCUUCCACUCGACUAGUCUGGUCAAGAACCGCGAUUACGUCUACCUCGAGGGAACGGGCUACAUCACCACUCCACAGGGCGAGCGCAUGGGCUAUCACUUGCUACACUCCGUCAACUUCCCACAGACUCACGCGCUGCCGAACCGUGUGCGCGGUAACCUCUCCAUCGUCGGCUUUUGGCGACAGAUCGGCCCGAAUAACAUGGAGAUGUACGUGACUGGAGUUAUGGACCCGGUUGACUCUGGCUUGGUGCGUAGGCUGGUGAUCCCGAACAUGGCGAAUGUGUUCCUGUCCACGUUGAAGUACGCGUACUGCGGUCAGAUGCGUAAGUUGUCGUUCAUGCUGGACAAGGCUUACACCGACUCGAAGCUGCACGGCGCUCCGAACAAGAAGAGCGUCUGUGUCACCUGUUCGGCACCGAUCUCGGGGCGGAAGCUUGGGGACUUCGGCAAGAGCAACAGCACGUGCAAGCUGUGCUUCGGGUUUGUGUGUCACGCGUGUAAGAUCAGCCGGAAGCUGAGCUUCGUUGACCCGGACAUGCUGCUGUCGCAGCGGAAGGUGACGUUCUGCACGGCGUGCAUUACUUCUGUUACGAGUUCCAGCUCCGUGGACUGCGCCAAGGCGCUGAUGAUGAAGAACUUCAAGGUCAACCACUCGAGCUUCGAGUCGUCGUCGGACGGAAGCGUCGAGUACUCCAACUCCAGUAUGAAGUAA